CUCUCCAUUGUGGUCUAUUCGUGUGUGGUUAACACACUCCCACACUCUCCCCACCACCCAUGUCUUGAUCCCCAUCGGCAUCUUGAUCAAACACCCACCACCUCCUCCUCCACCAACACGAGCACCUUCUCCAUGGCAGAGUUCACCACGAUGUCUUCCUUUCCCCACCCUACCCUCCCUCCAUCGGGCUAUGAUAUAGAGUGCUUGACCCCGCAGCCCCAACCUCUUCCUCUCCCUCUGCCUCUCCUCCUCUGCCGCCUGUCUCCGCCCUCCCCCAACUCGAGGGGAAGGCAGUGUUAUAUACCUCCCGCGCGCCUCCCCAAACGCCCGCGUGCGCCGAUAUCGGUCGCGGGUGUUCCGCGUUUCGCCGGCGGAGGACACGUAGAUUACACGGCAACGAGGGGGAGAGGGUGUGAUAGCGGAGGAACGAGGAGAAGUGGGCGAAUAGGAAUAGAGAAGGAGGGGGAUGACGAGGCAGCGCGGAGAUGGAGGGUUCCGGGAGCGUGUGAUACUACGGAGGAAAAAGGAGAAGGGAGCGAAUGGGAGGAUGUGAAGGGGGCAGGGUGACUACGCAGCGCGGAGAUUGAGAAGACCGAUGGCUCGUGAUGUCG